UCAUUCUGGAAUGAUAUUGUGAUUAAUGACGAAGCACACAUGUGCCAUGGGUAUUGUCUUCUGGCAAAUUGAAGCUCGUAAGCAAAUAAAGAGGCUAAAUGGGUUAAAAUGAGUGCGAAAAAAAAACAACAACUAGUUUCAUGUAAACACGGUUGACAUCACGUGAUUGAAAUCAUCGUGAUUGAAAGUCAUUCCGGAUUCAUGUAAACACCCCUUAUUUUCCGUUUAUUUUCAAGUGUGUACUUAUUAUUUGCUCGUUUGUUUGAGAUUGUGACGUUUGUAUAAAUGUUUUCAUCGAUUCAACGGUUUUGCUAUGCUGAUUUCAAACUGUAUCAUUGAAAAUCAUCGUGGCUUGAAAAUGUUUCAAUUGACAUUUCUUCUGAUGAUGUCCGUGUUCAAUUUACAAGUUAACAAAGUCAGUAGUUGUCCGUCAGGCUGGAUGAAGCUACAGUCAUCUUGCUAUUUCUUCAAUACAACGCAAGAAACCUGGCAUGAAGCAAGAAAAAAUUGUCAAAAGAAAGGGGGAGAUCUUCCUGUUCCAAAAAAUAAAGCUGAAAAUGACGCCAUUUACGAAUUUUCACUAUCAAAAAUGCCUACAUUACCUUUUAUUGGUUUGUUUCGCAAUAAAAGCGACAGUAAAUUUUAUACAGUCCAUAAUGUAGCACCUACUUUCAUAAAUUGGGAUACUAAUGAACCUAACAACGCAGGUGGCAGUGAGGAUUGUGUUCAAUUCUCUGUGCAAAGCAAGUGGAAUGACAUUUCAUGCACAAGCCGUAACAAUUAUAUUUGUGAAAAAUGUAAGUACUGAAAUUAUCAAUGAUUUUACGUUUUCUAAACUUUUUGCGAUUCUGUCUACUCUGAAAGCAUCACGUAAAACAAACACAUUUAGAAUUUUAGAGAUUUUUAUAAUUUUUCUUGUUUCAACGUUAUGUAAUCAGCGUUGUGUUGUACAAAUAAGAAGCGGUGGCUUU